GUGGAGGUGGCGGUGGUGGUUGCGCAGCAGAAAGAACGAUCUGGAAACGAAAGAACAGAGUCAGUUAUGGGCGGUGCAUUGUGGGGGACGCGCGUGAUGGAGAUCGUGAAGAAGCAUGACUCUGGAGGACUCGUUUGGAAGCGAAUUAAACUCACCACCACCCGAAAGGCCAACGCUAAGAAGCGCCUCCUCCGCGUUUGGCAGAAUGAAGCUGUCUUGAAAGCAUGUUCUCAAUCAUCUGCUCCCGCUCCUGCCACUGCCAACAACUCCUGAAGGACGCUUGUUUACCGUCAUUCAAUCCAUUUUUCACUUCAAAACAAUUUGUAACCCCCAAACAUCCUACUCCAUUUCUGCUUUUAUAGACUGUUUUGUAAUCCGUGGUUUUUAAUAUAUUGCUGACAUAUCUUGGUAGUUAUUCUCA